AUGGCCUCACCUCGGGUGCUGGCCUUGGUGCUGGUGGCGGCUCUGGGCCUGGCCCAGGUGUCAGCUGUGGAGGUGUACACACCAAGCGAACUCAGUGUGAGAAAUGGGACAAAGGUAAGGCUCCCGUGCACGUUCACAUCCACAGAAGUGAUCAGCAGUGCAGCUUCCGUGACCUGGAGCUUCCAAGCACAAGGAGCACCUUCUGCUGUGUCGUUCUUCUAUUAUUCUAACGGGAAGGCAUAUCCUGGAAAGGAUGCGCCAUUUAAGGGCAGAAUCAGCUGGGCCGGAGACUUGUACAAGAACGAUGCAUCUAUCAGUAUUGCAGACAUCCAGUUUCAGGACAUCGGCACUUAUAUCUGUGAUGUCAGGAACUCUCCAGAUAUUGUUGUCACACCAGGAGAAAUCAGGCUCAGAGUGGUGGAGAGAGGUCAUGACUAUUCCAAUCGAAGCAUCAUCUGUUUAGCUGUAGGAACUGUGAUUCUCGUCCUCCUUGUGUUCAUUGUCAUUACAGAUCAUCUCUUCUGGAAGGAACAAAAGAGCAAGGUGCUGAAACCUCUGGCAAACACGGAAAACAAUCAAAGGUUUCCUAGUGACUGCUCCAGGACAACACGAUUAUUGUAUCAAAAUGUACGCUUGUGAACUGCCUUCAAUUCCAGCCAUAACAGAAGCAUCUUUUUAAAGAUAUCCUAAAUCAGCAUCAUCUUCCUUCUACAUUAUCUACCAACCACUAAUAUAGAGAUGCUUUCCUCUCCCCCACCCCCCCAAGGAUGUCAGGGAAUUUUUGUUAUGCAAUCCAACAGGUCCUUGAGUGUCCAGUGCUUCAUCUUUAUGCCGAAAGCAGCUUUCAAUUCUUUUCAUUUAAUUGUCUGGGCAUGUUAUAGAGGGAGAAAAAUUGGACUUGCAGGAACCCCAGACUUCUGGACUCUCCACUUCUAGACACUGAUCAAAAUAAAAGUAGCAAUUGUCAUUUAAACAAGUUCUGAAAAUGUACUUUGUUGGAAUCUUUCUGUUUUAACACUGAUAUUUUGUCAAUUAAUAUGAUUUGUCAGAUUUUAUGCAACCAAGAGUCCAUACUUGGUAUAGAGACUGUUGUUUCCAGUACUGUGUAAGAAGAACCAUGUUACAAUUAAAUAUCUCAGACAGUACACUUGUCCUUUAGACAUCUUAGUGGUACAAUAACCUAAUAAAUAUAUCA